AUGGGUGUGCAAGAUUUGAAUGGUCAUACAUUGUCGGUCCAUGGUAUUGGAAGAUUUUACAUUUAUCUAGAAGAUGUUCCACAUGCAGUUGACUUGUUGGUGGUUGACAUGGAUCUUACUGCUAUACUCGGACAAGACUUCCUCUUGCAGUAUUGUCAUCACAUUAACUACAAAACAAAAACACUUCAGACUGAGAAGACAACUGUUCAAUGCUGGAUUGCCAAUGAUCAAACAGCUACAAAUGUAGAGGUCAAGAAAACAGUUUCCAUACCUGCAAAUUGUGGUAUCUGGGUUCCAGUAGCUUUGACCAGAAAUGGUGACCUCACCGACAUAGGCUUCCUAGAGCAACUUAACACCUUCAGUGAUGACAUACAAGUACUGGAUGGUUUGAUAGAUACCCAGUCUGAUCAGAUACAUGUAAACAUUGUAAACUUUGGAGAAGAACCUGUAAAACUUCAAGCCAGAACUACAAUUGGUAAAUGCAGAAAUGCAUAUUUACUGGAUCAGGGUACCAUACCACAGAGAGUCUUAGUUCUUAAGGAUACCAAGGAAAAUACAACUCUUGAAAAAGAUUUACCAGAACAUCUCCUUGACAUGUUUGAAAGAAGUUCCAUAAAUUUAGACCAAGAACAGAAAGACGCUUUCUUCAAACUACUCCUACAGCACAAAGAUGUAUUCUCUAAGACACCAGAUGAUCUUGGCUGCACUGGUAUAAUAAAACACAAGAUAGAUACAGAAAAUGAAAAGCCUGUCAGACAAGCCCUAAGAAGACAACCUAUAGCAAAAAGAGAUAUUGAAAGAAGAGAAGUUCAGAACAUGUUAGAGAAAGGUGUAAUUGAACCAUCCACCAGUGCCUGGGCAUCAAAUCUAGUUUUAGUAGCUAAGCAAAAUGGAGCCACUAGAGCAUGUGUCGACUACAGACAGUUGAAUGCGAAAACUGUGAAAGAUGCCUAUCCAUUGCCCCGUAUAGAUGAAUGCCUUGAUUCUCUGUCUGGUGCCAAAUGGUUUUCAACGAUGGACCUCAAUUCAGGUUUUUGGCAAAUAGAAAUGUCUGAAAGGGACAAAGAGAAAACUGCAUUUGUAACAACAUUAGGACUUUUCCAAUUUCGAGUCAUGCCAUUUGGUCUGGUUAAUGCACCAUCUACAUUUGAGCGACUUAUGGAGAAUGUACUGAAAGGUCUACAGUGGACUGAAUGCUUAGUCUAUAUGGAUGACAUAAUUUCCUAUAGUUCAACUUAUGAAGAAGGCCUUCAGCGCUUAGCCAAUAUUUUUACGAGACUUCAAGAAGCAAAUCUAAAACUCAAGCCAUCAAAAUGUAUAUUUUUCCAAAAGCAAGUCAAAUUCUUAGGUCACAUAGUUUCUUCACAGGGUAUCCAGACAGAUACUGAGAAAAUAUCUGCUGUCAAAAACUGGCCAAUUCCAAAGAAUGAAAGACAAAUCCGAUCAUUCCUGGGACUUUGUUCUUACUACAGAAGAUUUGUGAAGAAUUUUGCAGAGAUAGCAAAGCCCCUCCUUGAUUUAUACAACAACACUGUCAGCUGGGUCAGAAGCUUGAAGAACCCCACUGGUCAAACAGUACGAUGGCUUCAAGAGAUCGAAACUUAUGACCUUACAGUUACUCACCGCCCAGGGCGAAGUCAUCAAAAUGCAGACGCCUUGUCGAGAAAUCCUUGCAAACCAUGUCUAAGACAACAACAAAACAAAGAUGACAGUGAUAAUAGUGAUGAUGAAAAAUCCAAUGGAAGUGAAGGUCUUGAAUCCAUGCCAACUAUUAGAGUGACAACCAGAAGUAAAGAAAUUACCCAAUGCCAAUUCAGAAACCAAGUAAUACUAGAGGGAUGGGGGGUGGAUGAAAUUCAACAGAUGCAACUGGAAGACCAAUCCAUGGGCAUGCUUUUAUUAGCCUUGACAGAUGGUUCUGUAAGACCAAAAUGGGAUGUCAUAUCACACAAUUCUGAGGCAUUCAAAACCUUAUGGAGACAAUGGGAUAGACUUAAAGUCAUCAAUGGUCUGUUAUACAGAGAGUUCCAAGAUGUGGAUACAAACAAGGUCAUAUUACAAUUAGUUGUACCAAAACAGAAGAGAUCAGAGGUUAUUCAUUACUUUCAUGAUGUUCCCACAGGAGCCCACCUUGGUGCUGAGAAGACCACGUCCCGCAUAAAAAAUUCAUUUUACUGGCCAUCAAUGUCAAAAGAAAUUGCAAGAUAUUGUAAAAAAUGUGAUUUAUGUGCUGCUCGUAAAUCCAGCCAAAGACAAAACAGAGCACCAUUAGGACAGUACAUGGUUGGAGAACCAAUGGAAAGGAUAGCUCUAGAUAUUUUGGGACCUCUUCCCGAGUCUACAAAAGGUAACAGAUACAUUCUGGUCAUGAUUGAUUGUUUCACUAAAUGGACCGAAGCUAUAGCUAUCCCAGAUCAAGAAGCUGAAACUGUUAUUACAACUUUUGUCAAUGAAAUAGUCUGCCGGUUUGGUACACCUUUACAAGUCCACUCUGAUCAAGGAAGAAAUUUUGAGUCUAAAGCUUUUAAAGAAAUGUGUGAACUUCUCCAUAUUGACAAAACUAGGACAAGUAGUAUGCGACCUCAAGCUAAUGGCAGUGUGGAACGCUUCAAUCGUACCUUAGCUACUAUGUUGACUAUGUACUGUGAGCACAACCAGAAAAUAUGGGACAAGUAUCUCCCUCAAGUCAUGAUGGCAUACCGAGCUUCCAUACACUCUAGUAUCAAUACCACACCAAAUCUCAUGAUGUUAGGCAGAAAUGUUAAUCUUCCCUUAGAAGCAGUUGUUGGCAAACCUCCCAGUCAGACAGAUGAUGGCAUAGAACCAAACGAGUACAUAGAUGAGCUACAAAGAACUUUGAUUGAUGUUCAUGCCCUGGCCAGGGAACAUCUGAAGAAGAGCACAGAAUAUAAUAAACGCCACUAUGAUCAGAAAGCAAAGAAACAACUGUUAGAAAGAGGUCAACCUGUCUGGUUGUAUGAUGAUACCAGGAAAGUUGGGGUGUGUCCAAAACUAACUUCAAAAUGGAAGGGUCCUUACCUCAUCACCAAACGAAUAGAUGAUUUGAACUACCUCGUGCAAAGAACACUUCGGAAACCAGCAAAAGUUUAUCAUGUUGACAGAUUAAUGCCCUACAAAGGAAAAACCCUCCCUAACUGGUUUAAGAAAAUUUUAAAUAAAGCAUAG